UCGUAAUUCACCCUGUGCAAAAUGGGUCACUUUUGAGCCCCUUUUAUUUCCUAAAUGUUUUGGUAUUCCGGUACAAAACGUAACUUUCUGACCACUUAUUCCAUGGGCAAACAUGUUUGGAAGGUUUUGUUUAAAUCAAAAGGGAUGCAGUCAAAAAGUGAUUGAAUUCGAGUGGAAUUUCCCUCCUUAUAACCAGCCAGUUUGUUUCUAACGUGGAAACGGGGAUUGUUCGACAAUGCAGCCGACAGUGAAGGCGACUGCUGGCUGACUGAUCUACAAUGCCGUGUUAAAAACAACUGGGAACUUGGAAAUCUCUGACUUCCGACUUCGGGUGCGUUCAACACAACAUGGGAAAUAUGAAAAAACACGAGCUCCGACUGGGAGAAAUCGUUUUGAACGGUCAUCCAACUCAGAAUUCCAAGUCUGGAACUGGACCUGAAGAUCCCUGACAAGUUCCCAGUUGUCUUGAAAGGGCCAUAACCUCAACUCCACGUCAUACGAUGGAGUUCAGCGGUGACAAGUGUGGGCGGACUGCACCCCCGACUACAUCGAGUCCCUAUCUGUCGAUAGCAUGCAAUCUCCCCACAUGAAGAGGAACAAAGGGACAAAUAGUCCAGUGGACUGUCUGCGCCUUGGCACCAGCCAUGAUGCCCGGGCAGUGAGGGCUGUGUAUUUACUGAUGAGAAGGGCUGCUGCUUCCUCUGCCAUGGCUUACCUGGGUGCAUUCUCUGCUAACUCUGACGCAAGGCCUCCUGACCUGCCGCCCACCACAGACUUCUCUGACCUGGGCUCAGCAGGGGUGCACCACUCCUGCAACCAGACUGUUGACUCUCCUCACUUCCACAACUUUGGCUUUAAAGGGGUCUGACUCUGACUUUUAUGUCUUUGUCUGUGGGGGACAUUCAUUCUAGUGGGGAAAUGAUGACAUCUACUGCCAAGACUUUCAAUCCUCCUGUCCAUCCUUAAUAGAGCCCCACAUUGGAGGUGUCAAACAGGGAAAUGGUUCCAAUCGCUUUUACACCAUUUUUCCCAUAGGGAAUUUUAGAAACACUUAAAAUAAGGGCUGUGUUUUGUGUAGGCUUACCAUGGCAUGACGUUUUGCCAACCAUGUAAAUCUCUCUCAGACAAGGUGACUUCUAAAAUCCCCUAUGGGAGAAAUUAUUGGAACCAUUUCCUUGUUUGACCGCUAGGUUUUAUGGGUAUUAUGACUCAUACUGUGGUACUCUAUGAAAAUACAAGGGCAAUUGCCUCUUAUUGUUGAGUGAUAUGUGCUGAUAAAAAAAAAACAUUGAAGCUCUAUUUUCUUAUUUUUGAUCCUUGUCUGUUUUCAACCUGUCUGAUGCCAUUAUCUGGCUGUGGAUAGAACAUGGCUUUCUUGAAACUGUUUUUAAUGAUGUAAUGUAAGCAUACCUUCUCUUUUCAAUUGUUUGUUUUUAGUUUAAUUAUAUUAAUAUGCAGCAAUAUGCAGCCUUGUGUACCCUAGUUAGUACACAAUAAUGCAUCAUCACAAACAUUUGAUUGAAAUAAAUGUACACAGCCGGCUAUACUGUUGCACAUCUUUGUCUAUAAAAACAGUCUUCCAUUGCAAUAAGGCAGUUAACAAUUUCCCUAGUUUUCUACAAGGUCAUCCAGGCAAGGAGUACAACCAUAAGAGCAUUAGGUAAACACCAAUUAUUGAUAAAUUUAAAAAAAAGUUUAUAAAGACAAAUUCCCUCUCUUGACAUAAAUAUUUGAUUCCCUUGUGGAAGGAAGGGAACAGAGCGGUCAAAACCUUUUGCCGAUUUCUCUCAACGUCAGCCUCCGUAGUUUCUUGUUUGGUUGCCAAGGAAAUGAGGAUCAUGGUGGCUUCAGCAUUUUCAUCUGAUUGAAUCCAAGCGGUAGCUGUGUUUUUGACAUUAUCGUUUUUGUUUUACUGACUAUGUUGUGUAUGAAGUGAUGUAUUAAAACGUUAAUCAAAUGUUCUAGUUUGCUAACUAACUAACAACCAUAUUUCAGGCCAGCUAUGUUGACAAAUGUAUCAUUUGAACCUACGACUACGAGGCUAGCUAGCUAACGUUAGCCAGAUAGCUAACUAGCUAGCUAAUCCCAGCUAGCCACUGACACUGUAAACAGAUGUUCAAUUCAGCGUUAUUACGUGCUCUACCUGCAGGCAGAGGAGCUGCAAUUAUACCAGUAAUGGCAGAGCUGCACAUUGUCGGUCAGAUCGUUGGGGCAAGCGGCUUCCCUCAUAGCAGUCUCUUCUGCAAGUGGGGAAUUCAUACAGGGGGUGCAUGGCGACUUCUCUCGGGCUUGAAGGAGGGGCAGACCCAAGUGGAUUUGCCUCAGACAGGGGACAUGGCAUUCUGGAGUCAUCCCAUUGAUCUGCACUACACCACUAAAGGACUGCAAGGCUGGCCCAAGCUUCACCUGCAGGUUUGGCACCAGGAUGCAUUUGGGCGCUGUCAGCUGUAUGGGUAUGGAUAUUGCCAUGUGCCCUCCAGCCCAGGGCACCACUAUGUACGCUGUGUGACCUGGAGACCACUGGGAUCCUGGCAAGAGCAGAUAUCUCAAACCUUUGUGGGUGGAGGUCCCCUGCUGCGCUCCCCAGACAUCAUAUACAGUGGGGCGGACAGAUAUAGGCUGCACACAGUGGCUAUGGGCACUGUAGAGCUGGAGCUAGGCAUCAUCAUGCGACACUUUGACAGAUAUGGUGUAGAGAGCUGAAAUGUUGAGAGAUUGGACAGAGCAAAGGGUGAAUGGAGAGAGGCCUGAAUGGAGCACUGUAUUGUUAGUGGGUGUGGAUUUUGACCAUAUCUGCAACGGGUACAUAAGACUGAGCAGGUCAGAUGAGAUAUUUUGCCUUGUGAGAUGUGUUGAUGUUGCAUACAUUCACUAUAGAUACAAGAGUAUGUGGACACCAAUUCAAAUGAGUGGAUUCGGCUAUUUCAGCCACACCCAUUGCUGUCAGGUGUAUAAAAUCAAGCACACUGCUAUGCAAUCUCCAUAGGAAAAUAUUGUCAGUAGAAUGGCCUUACUGAAGAGUUCAGUCACUUUCAACAUGGCACGGUCUUAGGAUGCCAUAUUUCCAACAAGUCAGUUUAUCAAAUUUCGGCCCUGCUAGAGCUGACCCGGUCAACUGUAAGUGGUGUUAUUGUGAAGUGGAAACGUCUAGGAGCAAUAAAUGCUCAGCCGUGAAGUGGUAGGCACACAAGCUCACAGAACGGGGCCGCCGAGUGCUGAAGCGUGUACCGUGUAAAAAUCAUCUGUCCUCGGUUGCAACAAUAACAAGUUCCAAACUGCCCCUGGAAGCAACGUCAGCACAAAAACUGCUUGUCAGGAGCUUCAUGAAAUGGGUUUCCAUGGCCAAGCAGCCGCACACAAGCCUAAGAUCACCAUGUGCAAUGCCAAGCGUUGGCUGGAGUGGUGUAAAGCUCGCCGCAGUUGGACUCUGGAGCAGUGGAAACAUGUUCUCUGGAGUGAUGGAUCACGCUUCACAUUCUGGCAGUCCAACGAACAAAUCUGGGUUUGUCGGAUGCUAGAAGAAUGCUUCCUGCCCUAAUGCAUAGUGCUAACUCUAAAGUUUGGUGGAGGAGGAAUAAUGGUCUGGGGCUGUUUUUCAUGGGCUAGGCCCCUUUUUUCCAGUGAAGGGAAAACUUAAAGCUACAGCAUACAAUGACAUUCUAGAUGAUUCUGUGCUUCCAACUUUGUGUUAGGCCUUUUCCUGCUUCAGCAGGAAGGUCCAUACAGAAAUGGUUUGCUGAGAUCGGUGUGGAAGAACUUGACUGGCCUGCACAGAGCCCUGACCUCAGCCCCAUUGAACACUUUUGGAAUGAACUGGAGCACCGACUGCGAGCCAGGCCUAAUCGCCCAUCAGUGACUGACCUUACUAAAGCGGCUGAUAUGGCAGCAAAGGGGGGACCAACUCCAUAUUAAUGGCCAUGAUUUUGGAAUGAGAUGUUCGAGCAGGUGUCCACAUAAUUUUGGUCAGGUAUGUGUAUAAUGAGAAGACCCCAACAUGCAAAUGUGUGUCUUUCCCCUAUUUCUCCACAAAGGGGGGGGUGUGAGCCUUUCAACACAAUCUGCCUUCCUGAUUUUUAAUUUUUUAUAUUAUUUUAAACAUUUUAUAUAACAGAUAUUUAAAAAUGCAAACCAGAUUUUAUACUGUACUUAAUUUCAGUUUUCUAUUUUCCUAUGAACUUUUUUUUAUAUAGUAAAAUUAUGUAAAUAAAUCAUUACCUGCA